CGGGCUGCGCGCUCGAGUGUGAACACAGCUUUCCUAUCCACCCAAUCCCGUAGUCCUCAAACCAUACAUUCCGUUACCUUGGGGUCACCACAUGCGCGCAGUCGGUGAUUGCGACACCCAUGGUAUGCACGCAGCUUAAUCGGUCGACAACGGAAAUCCAAUCCGCCUUAUAUACGCAACACCUCGAAGCGCGCUCAACCUUUAGCUCUAUCUCUUUGCUCUGCGUGGCUGUAUCCUACCAACCUCAUUAUUAUGGCAAACAGCACUGAAGAAGAGGCAUCGCCAGCGAGUGUAAAGAGUGGUACCAUUGUUAUCGCCAUCAUCGUGCCCUCGGUCUUGAUCAUCCUGCUUCUCACACUGGUCAUCAUGAAUCGCCGCAGGGGCUUCAUUCUCCCACGAUGCGUCCGCGAUGAGUCUACUCACAAAGAGAAGCGUUGGAAGACGCGACAAGACGAGCUGGAGACGCACAUCAAAUCCCAAAAUUUCUAUGAUUGGCUCGCAAGCCAAAAGGAGAAGACUUCUAAUUCACAGCAAGCAUCUGAUCCCCUUUGCGCCAUUUGUCUUGACGAUUUCGCCGAAGAUGCGCAAGUUCGUGGCCUCCACUGCUCUCAUGCUUUCCACUCACAUUGCCUCGACGAGUGGUUCACAAGGUACAAUGAGUACUGCCCCUUGUGCCAUCGACCAAUAAUACCCGGGUCUCGGGCAUCGAGGAGAAAAGCACGUGAAGGGAUGGAUCCAACAAUUCCCGUAGUUUUGAUGGUGUAGCUGCUGCAAUGGAUAAUGAGAGACACAGUUCCAGCUUCGUGAGGCUGUUGAGUCUCCGGAAGGUGAUGCACACCUCUACGAGAGCUUGGCAUAGGCUGCUCCGGACAAUCGAGAGCGACCCCACCCGCGAAUAGGCGGACAAUACCCUAGACCGACGAGCCCGGAACGAUGACAAUCAGGGCUUAGGCGAAGCAGAAACGGGAUUCACAACGGGUACCUAGGUGCUUCGCCUGUACGGGAGCAUCCGCGCCACAGCCGCCUACGGCUAACGGACGAUUCUCCAGCACCUGCCAAUUUCA